CUCUUGAGCCAUCAAAACAGAGUUAUUGUUUAUUACCGCUUGUGUUUGGGAAUCGGUUAAAAUUACAAAGAUACAAAAUUGAAAUUAAUGUUAAAGUCGGGGUUUUUUGUACCGCCCUUUUGAAAAUGUUGGGUUAAACAAUGCACCAGUCAACAUGGGACAGACCCUGUGUGUGUGCUCUCGUGGCUCCAUCACCAUUGACAGCAAAAAAUACUACUUUGUCCAGAAACUAGAUGAAGGCGGCUUCAGCUUUGUUGAUUUGGUUGAGGGGGCAAAGGAUGGGCACUUCUAUGCCCUGAAAAAGAUCUUAUGUCAUGAUCGCCAAGCUCGUCAGGAGGCACAGACAGAGGUGGAAAUGCAUCAGAUGUUUAAUCAUCCCAACAUCUUGAGCCUGGUUGCACACAGCUUUGUUGAAGGUGGAGGGAAAACUGAAGCCUGGUUACUUCUGCCUUACAUCAGAAAAGGAACCCUGUGGUCUGUUUUGGAGAAGCUAAGAGAGAAGGGGAGCUUAAUGCCUGAAAAACAGAUUUUAAAAAUCUUCCGUGGAAUCUGUUCCGGUUUGAAGGCCAUUCAUGAUAAAGGCUACGCCCACAGAGACCUGAAGCCCACUAAUGUGCUGCUGGACGAUGACGACCGGCCACUCCUGAUGGAUCUGGGCUCAAUGAACCGCGCAAGAAUUGAGGUCCGAGGAUCCAGAGAAGCCAUGACCGUCCAGGACUGGGCAGCCCAGCGGUGCACCAUCUCCUACAGGGCUCCUGAGCUCUUCAACGUAGAGAGCCACUGCAUUAUAGAUGAGCGCACUGAUAUCUGGUCGCUUGGCUGUGUACUGUACUGCAUGAUGAUGUUAGAGGGACCAUAUGACCUGAUCUUUCAGAAAGGGGACAGUGUUGCUCUGGCUGUCCAGAACCCGGUGACCAUCCCAGCGUCCUGCAGGUACUCAGAGGGCCUCCGCGUGCUGCUGAGCUCCAUAAUGGUCUCAAAUGCACAGGAGAGACCAAACGUUGUCUGGGUUCUUGACCAGGUUCAGGACCUGCUGAGUCACAGCCCAAACACUCAGACCAACAUGGUCUGACUUCUGCUACCGCACCACAUCUUGAGCUCUGGACUCUUUUAUCCACUUCAGUCAGCGUUUCCUAAUUUCACUUUAAAAUCUUAUUAUAUUUAAAUUGUUGUAAAAGCGUGGAUAUUUUAUCUUUUCAGCUUGAAAAAUCGCCCUUUUUUGUCUUUUGUUCCCGUUGAACCGAUUCAAAUGAAACGCCUUAAGUGAAAUUCAGCCUUAAAAGUAGAAAGUUUUAAUUUGUUAUCAAUGUUUUGAGAAAUUAAAACAAAAAUAUACACGGGUGUUCUGUUAGGCUAAGACGGAGGCAAUCGUGUUGAGCUAAAAUCACUCGUUUUGUUCUCUUUUGUUUAACUGGAAGAGAACAUACUCACUGGCUUUUCAAACGGCAAGCAAUGCAUUUUAUUAUUAAACCUGAUUAAAAUAUUAUUGAUCAAGUCACUUGCCAUGUUAUGUCUUUCUGGCUUUGCCUGUACAAAAAAACAAACCAGAAAGAUGGAACCUGUUCAAGGACGAGCUUUAGAAUAUUCUACUUUGUUUUUACAGGGAUGAAGGGAAGAUUUUAACGCUUUAGCUAAUGUUCUCAUUAAUAAAUGCUACAUUUUAGUACAUAUUACCUUGCGCUCCCUAAAAAAGGAGUACAGGUUAGUUUCUUUUAUGCUUGUUAGGGUUGGGCAUCGAGCAUCAAUUGGAACCGGUUCAAACUGUUAGUUUUUCCCGGAAUCGUUCAAAGUUUUUUUGUUCGAUUCCUAGAAUGCCGACGGAAGAGGAAUCCGUGGCCGAUCUCCCUGAAAAAUAAACGUGAUCUGCAAAUUGUGAUCAACGCUUUUCAGCUGAUCACGCCAGCUGUCUGUGUGCAGCACCGCGUCCCCCCCCCCACCCCCACCCGGCGCGCAGCGGCCAAAUCUAAACAAACACGUCUGCCAAAGUUUUACUCCGUGAUGUAAACUUUAACUCCUGCAGCGUAGAGGAAACUUGUUAAAAUACGUCAACACGGUGGAUUUAAUAGAAGCUUUAAAGAACAAACUCUGGACGGUGUGAGGUGAGUUUGUCUCACUGCAGAAAUACAAACACACACGGAGCGUCAGCAGUCAGACACAGCUACUCACCAACACUUGUGUGUGUGUGUGUGUGUGUGUGUGUGUGUGUGUGUGUGUGUGUGUGUGUGUGUGUGUGUGUGUGUGUGUGUGUGUGUGUGUGUGUGUGUGUGUGUGUGCAUGAGCAUCAGAAGGCUGAACAAUAACAUGUAGAAUAAUUAAAGUCAUCAUGCUAGAGAAGCUUCUGUGUGGUGGACCACACCAGCUUCUGCCACAAUAAAUAAUAAUAAUAAUAAAUCACACACAAAGUUGUGAACAUUUCAAUUGAGUUUUUUGAACAAUUUCUGUUGAGUUUUAAUGUUUAAACCUGUUAGAUUGUUACUGACAGCAGCUACAUUUAAGUUUCACUUCCUGUUCUUACUGAAUGCUGCUGCAGCAUGGAGGUGUAGUUCUCAGGCAUCCUGGACAUGAUCAUCCUGAGAGUUUUAGCUGAAAACAGCUGGACGUUUCUGGAUAUGUUGGAGACAUUUGGCCUCUCAUCCCAGAGGCUUCUUCCACACUUUGGUUGUGGUCAGAAUCAAACACACUGGUUGUGCUGAAAGUCUUUUUCUUUUUUUUCUCCAAAACAUGUUUUUGUCUAAAUGAAGGUGAUGUUAUCGUUCAUAGAAUUAAAAUUCAUGUUGAAGUUGAGAUUAUUUCAUCAAGUAGGACCUGUGGUUAGCUGGCUCAUGUUAAACAUGUAACGUCUUGAAAGAAUCGGAAUCGGGAAUCGAUAGGAACCGGAAUCGAAACGAGGAAUCGGAAUCGUUCAAAAUCAAACGAUACCCAACCCUAAUACUUGUACUCCUUUUUUCACCUCGAUUCCUCAUUUUUGUGCAUCUUCCAGCUUGUCCCAGUGUUUCUGCUCAGACUGGAGUCACAGUAAGAUUUUGUUGAACACAAAGUAUUUUCCUCCACAACAAAAAAAUAAAGACUAAUGUAAUUAUUGCACAGCUAAAGAAUGUUAGAUGGUAUUUUAAUGAAAGGGUAACAUUUUUACUUCUGUUUUUAUUGUGUUUUUGAGCAGUUCAGUGUUACUGUAUAACCCAUUCCAACUAUUCAAAUUUAAUGGUUUUAUGUUGUGUGAGUAUUUCACACUUUUGUUUUCUCAGGGCACAGUUACAUCUCAAACGGUCUCUUAGCAGACGUUAGUGGUACUUUUAAGACUAAUGUUUUGGGCAUUUAAGUUUAAAGCUUCUGUGAUGCGGUGCAGUUGGACCAUGUGGUGGCUGAACUCAGCCUGGAUCGUUGAAAAGCAGACUAAAGAGUUUAAAUAUUUUUAGAUGCAACGUUUGGAGAGGACCAGUGGAUAUAAAGUCUUGUGCUUUUGUAAAUGCUAAAGUAAAACUGGUUUACUGCGGCUGGUGAGAAGAACUAUUGUAAAGUUACUGAUAUUGAUAUGAGUUUGCUGAUGAAGACUGACUAUUAUGUUUAAACCUUUAUCUGUUUGAUGCACAGUAAUUGGUGUAUAAAGAAAAAUGUAGCAGUCUUGUACUGUAUACUUUUUAAUAAUUGUGAAAUAAAAUCGCUUCAAAUAUUUAAA